UUUUCAGGUUGGCAGCCUCGCUGGUUUGUUUUAGACAAUGGUAUUCUUUCAUACUAUGAUUCCCAAGAUGAUGUCUGUAAAGGCAGCAAAGGAAGUAUUAAAAUGGCUGUCUGUGAAAUUAAAGUUCACUCAACAGACAACUCCAGGAUGGAGCUUAUCAUCCCUGGAGAACAACACUUCUAUGUCAAGGCUGUAAAUGCUGCAGAGAGGCAGAGGUGGUUAGUAGCGUUGGGGAGUUCUAAGGCCUGUCUGGCUGAUAACCGGACCAGGAAAGAGAAAGAAAUUAGUGAAACCAAUGAAUCUCUGAAAACCAAAAUGUCAGAGCUGCGGCUGUAUUGUGACUUGCUCAUGCAGCAGGUACACACCAUCCAGGAAUUUGUUAGUCAAGAUGAGAAUCGGCCAUCGCCCAGUGCGGAGAAUAUGAAUGAAGCAUCUUCAUUGCUCAGUGCAACCUGCAACACCUUUAUCACCACACUUGAAGAAUGUGUCAAGAUUGCAAAUGCCAAAUUCAAACCAGAAAUGUACCAGCUGCCUCCUCACGAGUCCUUGGCGUCUGCCGUUUCUCCUUCUCCUAUACAAAUGAUGAAGCGAUCCAUGAGCCACCCAGGCACCUACACUUCAGAUAGGUGA